AUGCCCACCACCCAGUACGCCUCAGUGUCGGACCAUGACGACGCAGGCCGUCAUUCGCGAGAGUCACUCUCAUUGCUAGACGAGGAGAAAGGUCAAGAAACGGGGUUACUCAGGAAACUAGGGGCCUCAUUCUUCUUAUUCGGAUUGAUCAAUAACGUUCUAUAUGUGAUUAUACUGUCGGCUGCCCUUGACCUGGUCCCUCCAUCGACACCGAAGGGAAUCAUUGCUUUCUGCAAUAUCGCCCCGUCCCUCAUCGCCAAAGUAGGAUGGCCAUACAUUCUCAAGGGCCGGAUACGAUAUACUCGACGCUUGCUGGGAUGCUGUUGCUUGAGUACGUUCGGCAUGCUGGUAGUUGCUGCGUUCGAUAGUCUAUACAUGAGAUUAUUGGGCAUUGGGAUAGCGUCGUUCUCGUCUGGGCUGGGGGAGCUCACGUUCUUGCAGCUUUCAACAACUUAUGCGCCGCCGUCUGUUGCAGGGCUUAGCGUAGGAUACUUCGCCUCGGGGACAGGGGCCGCCGGACUCGUUGGCGCGUUUCUCUGGUGGGAAAUACGUGGACUAGGCGUGCGCAUCGGCGUCGGCCUGUCGUCGGUCAUGCCAUUUAUCAUCCCCCUCACAUACUUCUUCCUCCUCCCAUCGACAUCGGAGUUUCUGUACAUUGAUACAUCGUCCUCUUCGUACGAGGAGCGCGAUCUGACCACGAGUUUCUCGUCGCUGCCGUACACACCCCUGGCUGCGACGGAGGAUCAAGUCGGGGAGGAAGAGGGGAGCAUCUUGACGUCUGUGAAGCGAGACGUGGCGCUCACGGGGAGCGAUAAAUGGCGCCUCGUGCAACCCAUGCUCUUGAGAUACAUGUUUCCAUUAUUCUGCGUAUACCUGUUUGAGUAUACGAUCAAUCAGGGGAUAGCACCGACACUUCUCUACCCUGUUCCUUCGCCGGAGAAGUACUGGCUGUUGAGUAAGGUUAUCCACUCAAUCCGCGAUUACUACCCUCUCUGGCAGCUAGUAUAUCAAUCCACGGUCUUCCUGUCCCGGUCAUCCAUCUCCAUGGGCCUCCCGCCGCUUCCUCAGCGGCUCCUUCCUCUGCCUGCCGUUGUCCAAGGGGUCAUCCUAAUCAUUUUAGCUACCGAAGCUGCUGUAGGGUUCUUCCCGGACGAUUCGGAAGGCCUCAGCGUACUGAUGGUGUUCGGGUUGGUAUGUCUCGAAGGCAUAUGUGGCGGCCUCGCUUACGUCAACGUCUUCUACCGCGUCAACCAAGAAGCCCCCGAUCCCAGGACCGCGCACGACGUCGAGCGCACACGGCAGGAGCGGGAGUUCAAGAUAGGCUCGAUUGGGUUCUCGGAUUCGUCGGGGAUAUUGCUGGCGUCGGUGCUGGCGAUGCCGACGGAGCUGCAGCUAUGCAAGGCGCAGGUUGCGAGAGGGAAGAUGUUUUGUAAGGGGUUGUAG